AUGGGGAAGUACAAUCUAACCGCACUCCGGGUUCGACAGACUGCUCUUCGACAAAAAGCGAGCGCGAAGAUCAAUAAACUGCCGGAAUGGGUCGAUAUUGUUGGUGAUAUACCUCCAGCGCAGGUCGUUGUCCGUCAUCAGCCCAUUCAGCAUGAGUACCUCCGCCAGCGAGUCAGGACAGUACCCGGCACUGCAGAGUCAGAAGUCUUCUUCGAGAGCGUUCAACCGAAAAAGACAAGCCGUAACAAAAAAGCCAGCAAGUUGUUUCAGCCUUUAAAGAUCAAAUAUGAAGAGGAUCAACUUCGGAGAGAGUUCUUCCGCGACCACCCAUGGGAGCUGGCAAGACCACGAAUUGUGCUGGAGAAAAGUGGAAAGGAUUUCGAAAACUACGACUGGAGCCGACUACAACAGCCGGGCAAGAGAUUGGAUGGUGAAAGUGUGGUACAACGACAAUUAUGGCUUCUCAAUAACGUGCCCGACAUGACAAAGACUGCUGCAUAUGAUAUUGCUCGACGAGAAUUCUACCGUCUUCGUCUGCGACAGGAAAUCGAACAGAGGGUUGCGGCAGAAGAGGCGGAGGCAACGGGCGCUGUGUUUGGGCCUCGUAUGUUGGAUGUCUCAAUGGCUCUGGAGGGCAAGGUCUUUGAAGACUGGAAGAUGUGGGCAAAGACUCAAUCCCAGCUUCUCGACCAGAAGACAGCAGCAUUCGUUGGUGCCCCAGAAAUCGCCAUUCCUGCAGAUGAUAGUAAAGUGAGUGCUAUGGAGGCAGAGAUGGAAGCGGAAGCCGAGCCGUAA